AGAUUCUAAUGGAUUGUUCUCAGCCCAAAUUGUUGAGCCCAAAAAAGAAAAAAAAAGAGAUAGAAGGAUUGAAGAGACAUAUGCGAUCUAAAAUUGAAAUGGUGUCGCCUCCCAAGCUGAAAGCUCUGCAACGCCGAAGGCUCUGGAUUAACGCGGAAGGCUCUGCAACGGUUUUGCCUCCCAAGCCGCCGCCCCCCCCUCCCGCCGCAUAUGAUGGAGAGGAACCCCCUUUCUCCCCUCCCCCCGCCCCUGCCCAGCUUCUCCCUCGUCAUGCCCUUGCAGCGGUCCAUCACGAUGCCGGAGCUUUCAAAAAGGAUGGAGAAAGUAAAGAGCGUCCAGAUUGGAUUGGAGGAGGAAUAAGAAGAGGAAGAAGACCACGAGAUUCAAAUCGGCCAAUUGAAGCUAAGCCAUGGUUUAUGUUGUGGAGAGAUAAACUGGAAGCAAGGAGACGGAAUAAAGGAAAAAAGGGGAGUAGAAAUCCCACCCCUCCCACUCCUCCAAACAAGAAGGAACUCAGAGAGUUUCUUCAUGGUAUCGAUGAUGAUGUUGUGGAGAUGGUGGGAACUUCUGCUGCUGGGUCUGGGUUUGAUGGAGAAACUGGAAUGGGUGGCGAGGAUGAUGGGAUUGCUUCCACUGAUUCACUCUCUCAAUCACCUUUGGUUGAUGAGGAGAUUAAUGAAAUUGAAUUGCAAAAGGAUAAAAGCAACCCUGCUGAUAUUGAAUUACAGUCCAAAGAGGUGAAUUUGCAAAAAGUUUCUGUUCGUGAAGAUUGUUUCUACACUAGACUGUUGGGGACAAAAACAGCAAACCAUUGCAAUGAGGUGAACUUGGAUAUACCUACGGCAAACCAGAAGAAAGUUUCUGCCAAGGAACCUGCCUGUGUACCUACUGCCAAAUCAGAAGCUACCAGGAGAUUACAACAGGUAAUAAAGGACUCCCACAGUAUGAAACUUCAGCAAAGUAAACAGGAGUGGCUGACAGAGGGAGACAAAGGUUCCAAAAUUUUCUUUGCUUGGAUUAAGAAGAGAAGGCUACAGAACCAAUUGCUGAGCAUCAACACAGAUAAGGGUGAGAUGAUUGAAGGAACUGAGAGGAUAGCUAAAGUUUUUGAACAAUUCUACACUAGACUGUUGGGGACAAAAACAGCUACAACUGGAGUGAAUGAAAGCAUCAUUAAAAGUGGUAAUGUCUUGAAUACAGAGCAGCAGCUUAAACUUAUUCAACCUUUCAGCCCUCAGCAGAUUAAAGAGGCCUUAUUCUCUAUUCCCAGUAGUAAAAGCCCAGGGCCAGAUGGAUACAAUAGUGGCUUCUUCAAGAACCAGUGGAAUGUGGAACUUGCUAAAGGAUAUAAAAGGAAGAACAACUCUCCUAGGUGCAUGAUGAAACUUGACAUACAAAAAGCUUAUGAUACUAGAUAUGAUGAUAUAUCUAGGCCCGACCCUAUCAUACCCUCCCCCAUAACCCACACCCUCAUGGAAACCAAAGGACUUAGGUUCAAACAUUAUGAUCCAUUUUAGUGAGAAUUCAAAGUCCUUUAGCCCGAAAGGCCAAAAUAACUUUCGUUUUGACCUAAGGGUUCCGCUAGCCAACCCCCACUCCGUCCAACCCAACCCUAAACAUCCAAAUAUAUUUCAUUUCCUUUUGAUAUCCAAAAUAAAGUCUCUUCUAUCUAUUUUAAUCUCUGGUCACAAUAGGAAACCAAAACAGCCCCAUUCAUCUUCCAACAUCCACCCAACAUGGUCCCUACUAUGUUCCCUAGUACAACCCACUAAACAACCAUAAAAUUC